AGUGAAAUAAUUAAUAUAAAAAUAUAAAAAGAAAGAUAAAUGUCUCAAUUAUUUAAUAUAUUUAUAAAAUCAGUGAACAUAACCUUAUAAAUUGAAAGUUAAAAGUAUAAAAAAGAUGUCUAAAACAAAUAAAACGACGUAUAAAUUCAAGCCGUUCGUGUUUUCACAAAACGAACCAGCAUCAAAAGAAAAACCACGAGCGAGGAGUGGACAUCGAAUUGUUUGUGAUGACAAAUAUUUAUAUUCAUACGGAGGUUAUAACCCGUGCAUACGCGACGACGAUCCAGAGUUAUCUAAUGACGAGAUAUGGCGAGAGAGCAAGCCGCUGUUCAAAGAGUUAUGGCGAUUCAACUUGACUACACGUAGAUGGAAGUUACUGCCAGGCCGCAAGAGUCUGCCCAAGGAACUGGCAUCAACAGCUGUCAUACUUAGAUCUAAUAAAUUAAUUAUUUACGGUGGAACUGCUGAGCCUUUUGGUGAAAGCUGCAAUAAUCGAUUGUAUGUAUGCGAUUUAAAUGACGGUAGCAUAAUUGAACCUCAUGUCACGGGUACAUUACCAGAUCCACAGUAUGGACAAGCUCUAAUUUGUCACAACUCGUAUUUAUACACGAUCGGCGGUACCACUGGUUAUGAUUAUACCUGUGAUAUUCAUAGAAUUGAUCUGAGAACAGGUUUAUGGGAAAGUGUUUAUAUUUGUACGGGUAGAGAUCCUGUUGAGCCUGGUGGACGGUAUCGUCAUGAGUUAGCUUACGAUGGAAAAUUAAUUUAUGUUCUUGGCGGUGGUACAUCAUCUGAAUGCUUUGGAUUUACGGAAAUUCCUGCAUUUGAUUUAGAAAAAAAUUGUUGGCUAAGACUACAAACUUAUGGCGAUUUAAAUAACAAUCCAUGGAUUCCACAUGCUCGACGCUGCCAUGGCUGUGUUCAAUAUGUCGAUCAACUAACUGGUGACAUAAAUGUUGUUAUCUCCGGAGGUUACACUGGUCCUCAAGUGUUCAAUGAUGUCUGGAGACUUAAUUUAGGACGAUUACAAUGGACUUGUCUGAAGAGAUUUGGGACUGAAUUACCGCGACCGGUUUACUUCCAUUCAGCAGCUCUUACUCCUGCGGGACAAAUGUAUAUUUUUGGAGGAAUUGUACAAAAUGGAUCACGGGGGUUGAGAACUCAGCAUGUGAGAUCAGUGUGGCUGGUUGUUCCAAAACUCACAGAAAUAUCCUGGGAAGCAGUUAAUUAUUAUUUCAAAAAUUUAAGAACUAAAUCCAAAGAUGAACUGACGAAUCUCGGGAUCCCCUUGAAAUUCAUACAACGCUUAGAUAUUAUUGAUUAACCAUAGAUUUUUUUUAACAAUUUCAAAAGAACUUCACUUGACAAAUUCAGUAUUUAUUACUGAAUUAUUGUUUAUCAAAAUGUGAUUUUCUAAAUUAUUGAUUUAUUUUUAGUGUAUAAAUAACAGAAAUAGUUAAAAAAAAAUUAUUAAGUCACAUCGCAUCAAAAAUUUACAUUUUUUUUUUUUUUUUAUAUAUAUAAUUGAGUUUGUUUAACAUUAAUGAAUUUCUUGCUGCAUUCAGCAUUGAUUAUUGAAAGUCUAAAGAAAAUUUUAUUUUAUUCGGCGAGUAAAUUGUAAAAAUAUUGCAUGCCAAGCGUGAGCGUAGGUAUGCUCUACUCUCGCCUAAAAUUUAUGUUUAUCAUUAAUAAAUUUUUAUAAAAUCAA